AUGACAUUGAACCUGCCAAUCCGAUCUGCCACUGGUCCCGGUAAACCACGCCCGAAUAUCGAAGCUGCAUUCAAGAUGGCGAGAAUGUGCCGCGCCACUCCUUCAAGCCCCAUCGCACUCGCGUACGUAGUGAUAUACGCAGGCGGCACCAACACCGCCCAAUCAAGCACGAAUAUCGCAGCCAUGGUCAGUACAAAUCGUGCAUCUCUGAAUCCUCGCCAGUCCAGCGUUACCCCCGCGCGAGAGCUGCGUGGCAAACGCGUUUUCAAGAGCAUGACGCCGAGCAGGAAACAGCACGCGCUCAGCAGCGCGAAGCACCGAAUCGUCCACGCGAAUCCAAUCCGAACAACAAGGCUGCUGAACAUGAUUGGGUACAAGACGCCUCCGAAGCCACCUGCUGUUGUAGCUAGGCCCGUAGCGAGACCGCGGUUGGAUUCGAACCAGUGGCCCAGCGCCGCGAUGCUCGACGUCCAGAGGAUGGAGGAAGAUAAACCGCCCAGACAUCCAAAGGAUAGCAUGAACUGGUACUUAACACCCAUUAUUGUAUUGGCAGGAACAUGCAUACACCGACAAAAGCUCACCCCAACCAACCCCACGACAACCCCCAAACACCCAGCUUUCACCAACACGUUUUCGCCAUAUUUGUCGAAUACCGGUCCUGUCCACACAUACACACUGUCAGCCUUUCAACGUUCUCGUCUCCGCUGGCGCAUACAUACCGACGCCCAACCCCCCAAAGAAAAACAAAAACGCAAACACGCUAAAUAUCCACGCUACCUCGCUCUCCGCAUAACCCCGGAGCUGGUGUUCAAACAGCCAGGCUUGGAAUAUACCCGUGGAGUUGAGGAGCCCGGAGGCAGGGAGGAGGAGCAGCCAGGCGCCAAGGACGACGGUGUAGGCGGGGAUGCCGCGGUCGGGGUAUGCUUCGCUGGAGGACUGCAUCAUAGGCAAGAGUAUGAUGAGCAAAGAAUCAUUGGAGAAAAAGGACGGUAA